CUCGUUAAAAUUCAUAAAAAUACGAAGAAUUCCAAUAUAUUAUUCCCAGAGAAACUAAAAACGUAUACAAACGCAAAAAAAAAACAAAAAAAAAAUAGAGAAAAAUACACUUUCCCUUUUUGAAGAUCUACACAUCUCGCCAAAAUGUCCGCUGAAGUGGAGGAAAUGUUAAAGCGCUUUCAAACAUAUAAAAAUAUAGCCGGCAUUAUUAUAGUUGAUAACGAUGGAAUUCCUAUUAAGACCACUUUGGAGAACACUCAGACAGUUCAUUAUGCCGCACUUAUGCAAAGUUUGGUGGUCAAGGCACGACAAGUGGUUCUCGAUUUGGAUGCAACGAAUGAGUUUACCUUAUUGCGGAUGCGCACGUUGACCCAUGAAGUUAUCCUUGCUCCAUCAGAUGAUUUCUACUGUAUUGUCAUUCAAAAACCUUCCGAUUAGAUGAAAUUCUUACUUCAUUCAUUGCUAAAUUGUUAGUUGCUUUACUUAAAGUUUAUUCAAUGUCUGAGACUCUCUUUUUAAAUGAAAUAAAUUUUAAAAUUUUAGUUUACAAAUUA